UUGAGUUUGUGCGAGCGAGUGGAUGAGGACUCGGGUUGGGACCGAGAGAGACGUCACGGCUCAACCAAUCCGCAAAUAAGGAAGCGCGUGCGUGAAAGGAGUGGGUGACCACUUUGCCUCGUCUUAAACGUUAGGUUGUUUGAAAUACCAAAAGUAGCCCUGGUUGGGUCGACGAAUCUCAUGCCCCUACCACCCAAUCACAAGCGUACCAAUCCUCGUGAACACACACACACACACACACACCUCUUCAUCUCGGUCUCCAUCUGGAUCUGGGCACUUGAUCUUUACUCUCAUCGGAGCUGAACCACUCAGAUCUGUUUUCCUCGAAUUGUUCCGGUGGAGAUGACAUCGGAUCACCGCGACGCUGUUUUCUCUCUCGAAUCACCCGAUCUGGAGGAAGGAGGUGUAGGAGAUGGAGGAGAGUCCGAUACUGACGAGGAUCUCCGUGAAAACGACGACGUAGACGUGGUUAUCCCGGAAACGAACGAAGCCGAAGCCGAAGACGACGAUCCCGAAGAAGAAGAACUCAAUUCUCCGUCUACGUCGUCACUCGCCAUGGUUUCUACGAUCUCGGCUACUGCUGUUGUUUCCGGGACCCCGACGACGAAUACCUCUACAGGCGCCGUGACCGUUGCUCUUCCGGCUGGAUCCGCCGUUCCUGUCUCCGUAAUUCCCGUUGAUUCCGAUCCUAAAUGGCACCGUAUGACUGAGAUCGUCCAUCAGAGACCUCCGAUCGAUGAUUCCAGACGCCUUUUCCAGAGGCUCUGGACGGACGAAGACGAGAUCGAGCUUCUCCGUGGUUUCCUCGAUUACAUGACGACGCACCGAGGCAGCAGCUCCCAUCCGCCUGACACGGCGCCGUUUUACGAGCAGAUAAAGUCGAAACUUCAGCUUGAAUUCAACAAGAACCAGCUGGUUGAGAAGCUUCGUAGACUGAAGAAGAAGUACAGGAAUGUGAUGAGCAAGAUCAGCUCUGGUAAAGAGGUAUUCUUCAAGAGCCCUCAUGAUCAGUCCACUUUCGAGAUUUCUAGGAAAAUUUGGAACCAAACUGGGAAAAUCAUAGGGUUUGAAGACAACAAUGUCAUGGAUUUUGAUGAAACCAGUAACCAUCAUAACACCAAUGGUAACUACUCGACCUUUAACAGCCCUAGUUCUAAUCCUGAGCUCGAUUCUGAAAACGGAGUCGAGAAGAAACUGACGAUGAGUAGUAGUAGUGGAUCGAGAAAACGAUCACGAUCAAGAAUCGGGAAGAUUGAGGAAGACAACAAACCCAUCAUCGCUCCUUUUGACGGGCAAAUACCAAACGCAGGUAGCAAUGUUAACCUCAACGAAACCGCAGCUGCUAUUAGUAUGGGAGGAAACCUCGGGGGUUUGAUCGAAGAGACUGUGAAGAACUGUGUCUCUCCUGUGAUCAUGGAGUUGAUGAAUGGGACUACUAGUGUGAUGAUGGCUGCAAUGGGAGGAGGGUUUCCGAGUAGUGGUGGUGGUGGCUUUGGCUCGUUAAGUCCCAUGUUUACACGGCCGCUCAAUUUCGGUUUUGGUGUAGAAGGAGGAGGAGGAAACAAGGCUGUGGCGGAUGAGCGGUGGAGGAAACAACAGAUUCUGGAGCUGGAAGUGUAUUCGAGGAGAUUAGAGUUGGUUCAAGAGCAGAUUAGAACGACAUUGAACGAGUUAAAGACGAUGCCGAGUGGUGUAUGAGUAUGAUGAUGAAGAAGAGCAAGAGAAGAAUAAGACAGAAAUAACCAGUAGGUUGAUAUAUCUUAGUUAACCUUCUGGUGUGUGGGUGAGUAUAGUAUGAGAUUUGAAUCUUUUCUUAAGUUAUAAAUUGCUAAGUUAUUAUUAUUGUGAUCUUCUUUCUCUAGGUUUUUUUUUCAUCAUUUUUUUUUAAUUAUCUUUAAAUUAUUUGUCAAUAGGGAUGAAUCAUAAUAGGGGGGAGGGGUUUGUGUAUAACCUUUGUAUUAGAUUUAUAGUUUUUUUCGUAGAAUCAUUUGUUCAAUAACAAACAGACUUCUAGCUA